GGACGCAAGACCAUGGAGGGGAAGAUGCAGCCCGUGCUGUGGAUGCUCUGUGCAGUCUGGGUGACUGUCCACGCCAUCUCUGUGGAAACCCCAAAGGAUGUUCUUCGGGCUGCUCGGGGAAAGAGCGUUACCCUUCCAUGCACCUACCAAACUUCCUCCCUCAACCGAGAAGGAUUUAUCCAAUGGGACAAGCUUCUAAGGAGUCAUACGGAAAGGGUGCUCAUCUGGACAUUUUCGACCAAAACCUACAUCUACGGUGAUCUUUAUCAGAACCGUGCCAAUGUAUCGAGCAACGUCGAGCAGUCAGACGCCUCCAUCACCAUUGACCGGUUGACCAUGGAUGACAACGGCACGUACGAGUGCUCCGUCUCGCUGCUGUUGGACCUGGAUGGCGUCUCCAAGUCACGCGUCCGCCUCUUGGUCCUGGUGCCACCCUCCAAGCCAGACUGCAGCAUCGAGGGAGAGACUGUGAUUGGGAACAACAUCCAGCUGACCUGCCAAUCAAAGGAGGGCUCCCCAGCCCCUCAGUACAGCUGGAGAAGUUAUGAUGUCCUGCACCAGGAGCGUAAAGUCGCACCAGUCACAGGACAGAUCUUCUCUCUGAAGAACAUCUCCACAGAAAUGUCGGGUUACUACAUCUGCACCUCCAGCAAUGAUGUAGGGAUGGAGUCCUGCAACAUCACUGUGGCUGUCAGACCUCCCUCCAUGAAUGUGGCCCUGUACGCGGGCAUCGCGGGGGGCGUGGCCGCGACACUCAUCAUCAUCGGCAUCAUCGUCUACUGCUGCUGCUGCCGGGAGACUGGCAAGGCUGAGGAUGCGGAGGUCACGCGGCCGAAUCGGGCGGGCUACCAGGAGCCACCAGAGCAGCUGACAGAGCUUUCCAGAAGACAGGAAGAGGAGGGCGAGGAUGACUACAGGAAUGAAGACCAGAGGGACCCCAGCCAAGAGUCCCUUGACCAGGCUGGCCGAUGA